CAAUGAGUGGGAUACGUACAGCUCAAAAACGAGCAUACAAGCUCAUCGAGCUGAGAUGCAUAUAUUAAAUAAACUGUCCAAUAUCGAGGUGACAGUUUCUGCUGCUUGUCUUAAACCUAAGGCAUCUUGAAUUUCUGCAUUAUGGGGCUCAACGAUCUGAUGUUCUGGUAUCAGAAGAAAAUUGGAACUUACGAUAAACAGCAGUGGGAGAAAACCCUGGAGCAACGAUUCAUAAACCAUUUUAUAUGGAUUCCUGUCACCAGGACAAACUUUAAGACGAACUUGAUUGAUGUUGACCUAGUGAGAGGGUCAUCGUUUCCUAAGGCAAAACCCGAACAUGGAUUAUGCACUGUUGCUUAUCUUGCUGUACAACGGCUCCUGUUCCUCCCCUUACACAAAUCGUGGUGGGUGCAGCAGACCAGUCCACGAAUAUUUUUACUCUUCUUACUCCUUUACUGCCUGCAAAUAUUUAACAUCGGCGUCUACUACUACUACUCAGUGAAGGACAGCAGCGAGCCUGAAAUUGUAUCAGCCUUUGAAGUCCUGAUUCCAGCCGGCAUGAUGCUGGUAUUGUGCAUGGUGCACUCUCAGAUUGUUUCCACCAGCUCUGGACGAGCCACGGCUGACAGUGAACACAGUUCCAAACCAAAUAGAUCAAAGCGCAGGAGAUGCCAUGUGAACAAGAAAAGAACACAUCACAACCCACUUGCCCAGGAGGCCAAGUAUUACCAGUAUAUAGGCACUGAAGAAACGAGCACUACUGUUGGUGAAAUUUCGUCAUCCGUUAGAUUUGCCAAGAGCGUCAUUAUCCCAGAGGCCAGUACCGUAUCCCCUAUACCGCAAGUAUCCAACAAUGCUGGGGAAUCAGAAGAGAAAGGUAUAGAACCCACUACAAAUUUUCUAGAUGCAUAUGACGGUGCUGUUCAUGAUGCCUCACCUACCAAUAAACCAGUGGUGAAUGACUCCAACGGAAAGACACAUCCUGAAUUGGUUAAAAAUCAACAAUAUAUUCAUCAAGAUGAUGAUGGGUUUGAAAGCUUAAACGGGAAUGUUUCGAGCGAAAUCGGUGAGAUUGCUGCUGACCAGUCGCCAGUUCCAUUUGAAGGUGAUGAGAGACAGGAGAAAAAAGAGGAAAAGCGAUGCUGCGCUGGAAAAUCUAAGAACUGGUACCACAGUGUAAUAAAUGAUAGGAUACAGCACCAAGACGAGUCACAUCAGUGCAGAUCAUCAGUGAACAUAGCUCAGUCAAAAAAAAGGAGUUGUUUAGACAAUGGAAGACAGCAUAUCAAAGAUCCGGCAAGUGAAGUCUCAGCCACAUUUAGCAGAUAUGAUAAGCAGUGCGAAAGUGAAGAGGAAGGUGAGUGCGAAGAUGCAGCUACACAACAUCUCACGGAAGCUACAACCUCAGCUACUGAAUGGAUGGGUGUCACCACAAACAGUGACGAAGAAUGCAGCUACAGUUCCGAGCUCGAGGAGUCAGAGUCGGAUGUCGGAGUGAAUGUAAACCCUGGAGAAUCUUUGGAAAAUCCAUUCUCCUGGGAGUUUGAGAUCCCAAAAUUCAAGCGAAUUCCUUCUUGGUCGGCGCCAGACAGUGUAUCGUGUACUAUUUGGAAAAAUGGACAUUUGGGAAAAGUUGAACUGUCCGUUCUUGAAAUAGCAUCUUUGAUAACAUACAGAGUUGAAGCCAUACGAGAGAGUAUGGAUUACUUUUACUGUGGUCUUGUAUUUUCCAUAAUACUUUCUUUCAUACCAUCGAUGUGGCGGCUGAGUGAUCAAAUAAGAAAAGACCCCGUAGGUAACAUAACAGGAUCCCUAGUCCUCGGGGAUUUGUCACAGGUCAUUUUGGACACGUAUCCAGAUACCCUGUGUCGAAUUAUUGAUAUAGCAUUUGGAACUACGCUCUGGGAGCGAACAGUUAUCCUCAUAUCUUUUUUCGAGAGAUUGACGCUUUCUUGCCUCCUCUUCUUCUUGGUUGCUGUGGCGGAACGUACUUACAAGCAGCGUCUGCUAUGUGCAAAAUUAUUCUCCCAUCUAACAUCUUCGAGACAAGCCAGACAAUCGGAACUCCCCCAUUUUCGGCUCAACAAAGUUAGGAAUAUUAAGACGUGGCUUAGUGUCAGGUCCUACUUGAAGAGGAGAGGACCCCAACGUUCCGUCAACAUGAUAGUAUCAGCUGUUCUACUUCUCACAUUGCUCUUGCUAUCAUUCAUAAGUUUAGAGUACAUAAAGGAUUCAGAAAGUCUACAUUCGCAAUAUACCGUCGAAGCGCUCUGCUGGAGUUGUGCCCUCGGAAUAUUUAUCCUCCGUUUCAUGAUGCUCGGUACAAAAAUAGACAGAAAGUACAGGAACGUUUCAAUUCUGCUGACAGAACAGAUCAAUCUUUAUCUACAAAUUGAGCAGAAACCGCAAAACAAGGACGAACUUAUGGUUGCUAACAGCGUGCUGAAGCUGGCUGCAGAUUUACUAAAGGAAUUAGAGAGCUCUUUCAAAGUGUCCGGUCUCCAUGCAAAUCCCUACAUGUACACCAUCACCAAGGUGGUAAUACUUUCCGCCCUCUCAGGAGUUCUGUCGGAGCUUCUUGGGUUCAAACUUAAGCUACACAAGAUCAAAAUCAAAUAAUAA